UUAUAAUGACCCUUCCCUCCUUUCCUUUCUAUAUUCGAAGAAUAUUUUUUGUACAUUUCAAAAAAUAAGGAUCAAAGGCCGUCGUUUUGUCCAUCUUUUGUUACCAUUUAAAACUUUCGUCUUAUUCUUUGAUUGACGAACAAAAGAAAAAAGAAAAUAAUACUUGCAUUAAGUUUCUUAUCCGGGCGUGCCGUAUUGAAAGCCUUUGAUUCUUUAUUAAGAUGAGUGUAGGUGCUGUUGAACAAAGCCAACAUGCCAAAUCAUAUUUGGCUGAUAUUCACAGAGCCCUUAGGAUACCGUCUCCUAUACCUAGCAGCGACUACGAGGGCUCGGACUACGCCUCGAGUCUGGUUUCCCUGUCAAGAAAAAACACGAUGAGAGAUUUUGGGAAGGAACAAAGCAAUGUUUCUUCCAUUUCUGCAUCUGUUGACGAUACAGACGAGGCAGAGGAAAACGACAGCUUUGCUUACGAUCAGGGCCGUCUCAGCCCAAGCUUCAAUGACAAUGACAUCUCGAAUAUGUCUGGAGGGGACGAAAAGUCACCCAGGUCCUCCAUCAACUCACUCCCCAGUCUCAGUAUUUCUCAGAAUCUUGAAACUCUCUCUAAUACACACUCUCGGAGCAAUUCCAAAUCCAGUACGACUUCGGCUCAUUCGUCUGCUACUCAAAGAUCGCACAUCUCAAUGCAAUGCAAAAGCCCUUACUCUAAUAAAAGCUUCGACAGUUUGAUAAUACCCAAAAAAAAUCCAGCACGCUCAAUGAGCAAUACCACGACUAAUGCUUCAAAAGAAUUAAUACGAGAUAAUUCUAAUACCACAUCCGAUAAUGCCCGAUCGCAAUCUCCGAUGAACUACAAUUUAGAGUCCCCAAUUCAACAUACCCACUCCCCUUCUGAUUCAAGCUUUUCCAACAGUAUUGUCAGCAGCGUCAGCGAUAUAGUAGGAACUGGAAAUCCAGUAAGCAGUAUUGCCUCUUUUGGAUUUUCUGAUGAUUCCUACUCUUUUCAAGAAGUCCGUACGCCCCAUGUAUCCGACGAAGAAACGAACCCUCAAGAAAACAGGACUGAUAUUUUUCGGUCGAAUUCUAUUGAUGAAGAAGAGAACCCAAUAUCAUCCAUGGAAUCAUCAAUGCGUUCUCAAGAGUUUUCUUUGGAUGACGAUAAUCACCUAGCCCUACUUCCUAAAGUCAUGUCUUUACCCGAUCCGAGAUUUACGAACGUGUUGUCGGCUUUUGAUGCAUUGACUAGGAAAUAUUUGCUUAGAGAGAAUUCUAAAGUUGUUCAUGCAACAAGCAAUGAAGGAUUUUUACCUCCAUCUAGACGUGUUGUGGAUUCAUGUUUCAUGCCUGCUAGAGAUGAUUCUGUCUACAGCCGAUACUCCUUAUCUUCCCGAAAUAUGCAAGGUAGAGGCCGACUUUACGUUCGUUUGGAAGGGAUCCGAAACUUGACAAUUCCUCUCGCCUCUGGUGUAACUACAAACUUCACAUACGAGCUUAGCGGUAUUAAAGGUACUGCUCCUUGGAAGCCUUUGCAUACUACUACAAGCAUAGAGAAGGAAUACAUUUUUGAUGAAUCUUCGGAUCCUUUUAUCGUUUGGAAUUUAAGAGCAAAAUAUGAACCUCCUAAAACGCGUUCUCGUUCCGGUUUAGGAAAGGUAUUCUCGACAAGCCGACGCAAAUCUGCUAUUAUGGAUCCAGUUUCAGAGGCUUUACACGGUUAUGUUCUGAAAGAUGGAACUUUUGGUGAACUCUCUUUAGAUGUUGAUUCAAUUAGUCGAAGUGCUCUUGGUAGGUGCCAGUCCAUGAUGGUCCCAAUCAUCGAUAAGUGGAUUGUUGAUCCUACAGUGCGUGAUGCGAAGCCUUCUUCGCGAAAGGUAGGUGACAUGAUGGUUCAUGUCUUUGCUCUACCUACUUUACCCGUUUCUCCUAGCGAACUCCCUUCUUCGAUAGAGGCCGCUAUGGAAGAUUUGAAACUUGCAGAAUGGGAUCGCACAUUGUUGUGCGAUGGUUACUUAUGCCAGCAAGGAGGAGACUGUCCUUAUUGGCGUCGUCGCUAUUUCCAAUUAAUUGGAUCGAAACUUGUGGCCUUUCAACCUUUUACGAAGACACGUCGUGCAACAAUUGAGCUUUCUGAAGCCACCCAUAUUGUUGAUGACAAUCACUACAGUGAUGAGGAAGAAUUGGAAGGAUAUUUAUAUUUCGAAACCGGAUUCAGAAUUAUUUUCAAAAACUCGGACUAUAUUGAUUUCUACGCUGAAACAGUUGAAGAGAAAGAAGAGUGGAUGUCUACACUUCGCCAGUAUUUGGGCCAGUGUGCUCGCGUUCGCAAGAAGUGGACGAAAGCUUUUCUUUCUUUAACGGUUUAGAGAAUGUGCUGACGCGGAAUGGGCGAAAGUUUGAGAAUAUAAUUGCAUUUUUUGGACUAGAUAUUUAAGCAUUUUUUACAUAUAUUGGAAUCACCUUUGUUUUACUUUUUCUUUGUUGUGUUGAAGUUUUUAUUGCAUUGUGUAUUGCGCUUGAGCUGAUAUUAAUGUUACGUUACGUUUUGAUCCACAUUGCUGACUCGGCUGUCUACUUUUGCAUAUAAUUGUUACAGUUGUCCUCGUUUUGUCUAAGUUAAUACUUCAUACUGCGGGCCUUAGAAAGUAUCAUGGGAAUUUUUGUUAAAAAGUCGAACAGCUUGUACAUAACGUUAGUUUUGUUUUGUUUUUUUUUUUUAUAUUAUUAAUUAGAUUAUUUGAAGAUGACGGAUGUCUUAGAAAUAUCAACAAUAUCAAUAAAUAUAUUUGCAUACGUUUUA